UUGGGAUAAAAAAGUUUUACGAAAUAGAUUGUUUCGAAUCUUUCAUCGGAACACGCUCCGGGAUGCGGUCUGAUGUUUUUAUCGAGUAUGGAAGCGGAUUGGGAUACCUUAGUCAACACCUGCACGAAAGGCACGGGCAGAAGAAGGUGCUGGGUGUCGAAGGCAAUCCGCAGCGGGUAGAAACUAGUCUUCGUCGUCAGAGCGUACUCUAUCCAUCCUCGAAGGAAGCCGUCCGGUACCUGGCUCACUUAAUAGGCGAAGAAUCGAUCUUCUAUCUUCAGGAUACGCUUGCUAAAUAUUUCCCCAGCGAGUCCUCACCAACCGCGACGAUUGUCGGAUUGCAUGCUUGUGCAGAUCUUUCGGUCUUGGCGAUGCGACACUUCGUACUCUGCCCAACCAUCCAAGAGCUGAUCAUCAUGCCGUGUUGUUAUCACAAAAUGAUGCUCAAGUCAGACGGACAAACGUUCCUCAAUGUCCCGCUCAGUGAGGAAUUAGCAGCUGCGCUGGAUUUCGUAAAGGGAGAUUUUAUUAGUCGAUCCUUCUUACGCUUGGCCAGCCAACAGACUGCUGCACGAUGGAAAACGUUGACCGUCAAGGAUCAUCAGCAUCACGGACAAGUCAUGUUUCACCGAGGUCUUGUGGAUGCUAUCCUGAAUGACGGAGAAUCAGUAAAGGUUGGCAAAGUGAAGCUGAUACCGAAUGCACUGGCGAGGGAUGAUUUACUGAAGCAAUUCAUCCUUCAAAAGGAAUCUAAUGGGUCACUAGAGGAAGCGGAGUGGACGGAUGCUCAUCGACAAAAAUUGAAGGUAUUGCUUAGCAAGUAUCCCGACGGAGAUCGGCUUUCGGAAUACAUCGAAUGUCUUCAAACCUGUGUCCAGUAUGUGCGCACGGAAUGGGCUACGCAUACGCAGGAAGUUGGUUCGAUUACGAAAUGAGAGCUUAACACCUCGAUGCUUUAUUUUUUAUGCCACCAAACUAUCAACAGCAGACGAUGAAAUAAAGGCUUCGUGAUACAC